AUGAACGUGACGAAAAAGGUAGCAUUUUCACUACAAAUUGGACGUCGGGGUGAAUGCCGUGUAUUGGCUGAAACCUUGGACGGAUUUAAAUGUCUUCUCAAGUAUCUUACUGAGAAGAAGCAUAAAUUUUUUACUUACGACACCAAAACUGAACGUGUGUUCAAGGUUGUCAUGAAAGGACUGCCCAGUGGUGAAUCCCUGGAUCAGAUCAAAGAUGAACUGGCAAAAUUACUUGGAGUUGUGCCACUCCAAGUAAUCAAAAUGAAAAUGAAAUCCCGUCCUGGCGAUUCGCGCAACGGGAUUUCUAAUGAUUUUUAUUUAGUUCACUUCAAGUCUAGUGAACUAAACAACCUUAAGGCCUUAGAAAAAGCUAGGCUUAUGCUCCAUGUCCGAGUGAAGUGGGAACACUUCAGGAAGACUGGAGGAAAUUUCCAAAACCUCACCCAGUGCCGUAAGUGCCAGGGAUGGGGUCACGGAACUAAAAAUUGCUACAUGCCAGCUAAAUGCAUGAAUUGUGGUGAUUCCUCUCAUGCAAAGGACGACUGUCCUGUGAAGGAAGAUCCUAAGAAAUUUAAAUGUUCAAAUUGUGGUGAAAACCACAAAUCCAAUUUUUGGGAAUGUAAGACUCGCAAAGCGAUCCUACAAUCU